AGAAAAAUAAAAACCAGCGACAAGCGCACGUCCACCGCGAAUUUUCGAUUUGGUUGAUUUUUUGUUUUCCACCGGAAGAAGUGGGAUUACGCAAGAAAAAAAAGUAUCGGGAUUGAGGAAGGCAGACAGCACAACUGCGCUGUGCUCACCCACACUGUUCUCCACUCACUGUGCGUUCAAGCGGCGUCGAUGGCGGCAAACGAAGAAGCCCUCCGCAGAUCACUCGCCGAGAAGCAAUCGGCCAUCGAAGCCCAAGGCGGCGCCGUGAGGGCGCUGAAGGCGGCCGGUGCGGCGAAGGAGCUUAUUGAUCCCCCAGUCGAAGCCCUCAACGCCCUCAAGCUGGAGAAGGCCUCCAUCGAGCGUCAGCUUCACGCACUUCUCUCCUCCGCGAACCCUAGCAACAACGGCGGCGGCGAUGGCGCUCUCAGCAAGGAAGAUUUCCGGCAGGCGGUGGUUAACACUCUCGAGCGCCGUCUCUUCUACAUCCCGUCUUUCAAGAUUUAUCGUGGCGUUGCGGGUCUCUACGACUACGGACCCCCUGGCUGCGCCGUCAAAUCCAAUGUGCUGGCCUUCUGGCGUCAGCAUUUUGUUCUUGAGGAGAACAUGUUGGAGGUUGAUUGUCCAUGUGUAACCCCAGAAGCUGUACUGAAAGCUUCAGGUCAUGUUGAUAAGUUCACAGACCUAAUGGUCAAAGAUGAAAAGACCGGUACAUGUUACCGUGCUGAUCACUUGCUCAAGGAUUUUUGCAAAGAGAAGCUUGAGAAGGACCUUAGUAUCACUUCCGAGAAAGCUGCUGAAUUGAAACAUGUUCUUGCUGUGCUGGAUGAUCUUUCUGCUGAAGAACUGGGUGCAAAGAUCAAGGAGUAUGGCAUAACUGCUCCAGAUACAAAAAACCCUCUUUCUGCACCUUAUCCCUUCAAUCUGAUGUUUCAAACCUCAAUAGGCCCGUCUGGGUUGACCCCUGGCUAUAUGCGCCCUGAAACUGCACAAGGCAUUUUUGUCAACUUCAAGGACUUGUACUACUAUAAUGGGAACAAGCUUCCAUUUGCUGCAGCUCAAAUUGGUCAGGCUUUUAGAAAUGAGAUAUCUCCACGGCAAGGUCUUCUAAGAGUCCGAGAAUUCACAUUGGCUGAGAUUGAGCACUUUGUGGAUCCUGAUGACAAGUCUCACCCAAAAUUUCCUGAAGUUUCAAACUUGGAGUUCUUAAUGUUCCCAAGGGAGGAUCAAGUCUCUGGAAAAUCAGCAAGGAGAAUACUUCUUGGUGAAGCAGUUGCAAUGGGCAUUGUCAACAAUGAAACACUGGGAUAUUUCAUUGGGAGGGUGUAUUUGUUCUUAACGUGUCUCGGUAUUGAUAAGGAUCGCCUGCGUUUCCGGCAGCAUCUCGCAAAUGAGAUGGCCCACUAUGCUGCAGACUGUUGGGAUGCCGAGAUUGAAUGCUCAUUUGGCUGGAUCGAGUGUGUUGGUAUUGCAGAUAGAUCUGCAUAUGAUUUGCGUGCUCACACGGAAAAAAGUGGUGUUCCUCUUGUAGCGCAUGAAAAAUUUGCAGAACCUAUAGAAGUUGAGAAACUUGUUAUAGCUCCUGUGAAGAGGGAGUUGGGCCUUGCAUUCAAGGGUAACCAAAAGAUGGUGGUUGAGGCAUUGGAGGCCAUGGAUGAAAAAGAAGCCAUGGAAAUGAAGGCUGCUUUAGAAUCCAAGGGAGAGGUAGAGUUUCGUGUCUGCACCCUUGGUAAAGAUGUCACUAUAAAGAAGAGCAUGGUGAGCAUCUCCAAGGAAAAAAAGAAGGAGCACCAAAGGGUUUUCACACCGUCUGUGAUUGAACCAUCUUUUGGUAUUGGGCGGAUAAUCUACUGCCUUUAUGAGCAUUCCUUCUACAUGAGACCUAGUAAAGCUGGCGAUGAACAAUUGAAUGUGUUCAGUUUCCCUCCACUUGUUGCACCUAUCAAAUGCACAGUGUUCCCCCUUGUGCAGAACCAACAGUAUAAUGAAGUUGCCAAGCAGAUUGCCAAAUCAUUGACUGCUGCUGGAAUUUCAUAUAAGAUUGACAUGACAGGUACAUCAAUAGGAAAACGAUAUGCAAGAACUGAUGAACUUGGUGUGCCUUUCGCCAUUACGGUGGAUUCAACGUCUGAGGUAACAAUCCGCGAGAGGGACAGCAAGAAGCAGAUUCGUGUUAGUGUGGAGGAGGUAGCUUCUGUGGUGAAGGAGGUGACUGAUGGUCAGAGCACAUGGGCUGAUGUGCUAUGGAGGUAUCCCACCCAUCACUCAUCUGUGUCUGCUGAUGAAUGAAUCUGUGUCCUGGUUCCACUGAUCCUACUGGAAUUUCGUGGCACAACACUAACAAAAUUGUGAACGUAAAUUUGUGUUUUUUCUUGGGCUAAAAUGUGAAGACGCUGCACUUUUUACAUUUCUCAAUAGGUUACAAGUGCAACUGCCAUUCUAAAAUUAUGACAGUGUGUUGAAAGUGUGAGCUAAAUUGUCGUUUGACUCUACAUCAUACCUUUCUAUCAGGGAAUUAUAAUUUCACAAUCCAUGUAUACGCGGGAAUGACGUUGAAAAUGGGAUUUUGGAAUA